UGUGUGUGUGUGUGUGUGUGUUGCAAUCACCAGAAGCGCAACGCUGCAGACGACGACGUAGACAUGGAAACCGAAACGCAUGGGCAGUAACACAGGGUGCCAAAACUUUCACACCCAGACAGAGAGAGAGAGAGAGAGAGAGAGUUGAAACUGGGACGUGCUUGAUUGUGUUAUAUUUCAACUCAUUUAUUUUCGACAUUGUGCCUGGAGGAGGGAGGCGGAAAGUUGCCCUUAUGGGAUGCUGAAAUUUGAAAGAAGCGGAAUUUUGAAUUUCUACUUUCUCUUUUUCUGAACAGUCACUUUUCUCCAGGCGCCAAGACACACAGGAUCUCAGGAUUGAAUCAUCAAAAAAAGCAGCAGGACUUUAAUAAAUUCCUCUUUCGGAUGUUUUUAACUUUAAAUAAUUACGCAUUAGAUGAAAAAUCAGCAUUCAGGUUAAUCCUAGUGAUAGUGCGACUCAAAUCCUGCUUUAGAGAUUCUUUAUAACCUCUUCAACUUUAUAGAUUAUUCACUUUCCUCUUUUACGCACGUUAGGAUGCGCUUUUGUCGUGUUUUUCUGUAGAGGCGGAUGAGAGCACGCGCCGAGACUGCAAUGCUGCAUUAUUACCGCUCUUAUAAACUUCUCAGAACUCAGAAGUUCACACUUUGCGGAUGUUCACGACGCUUUAAUUAAACAGCUAACAAUGCUUCCGUUUUUAGUUUAGAAAUGUUCUGCGUAAAAAAAACCCGAUGACCUUUCUGUAGUCUAACAGAUCUGCGCUCGAGACGCUAUCGCGAGGCAACUCACGCGCGUGCGAGCGGCUACCGGAGGGUCAUCGGUGAGGAGAGACAUCAUGAAGACACCGAAACUCCUCGCGAGUGCACGCGCACACGCUGACAUCUAAACCUAAAAAAAAGAAAGUCUGAAUUUCUCCUCCACGCUUCAGCGUCAUUGCUCUGGACUUCGUUCUUUUGUGUUUUUCUUGUUAAAUCCACGGCAGUGUGAUAACAGGAAUGGAGGCUGACCCUUUCCGUUUGAUCUCCCGCGCGAGGAUGCGAUAAUAAGGCAAAAAAAACACGGAUGCAAUAUUCGGUGCAUGCGUUCGGGUCUCGUGCACGCUCCGGGACGUUGCUGUGGUGGAUCUCGUCGUCGCUGCUGCUGCUGCUGUUUAACGACAUGGGCUGCAUCCAGAGCCUCAGAUGCAAGCCGAAGAGUUUCCGCGUCGUCGUGCUGGAGGUGACCGCCUCCAUCGACCCGAAGCCCACCAGCAUCGACGAGUCCUCGAGCGUGGUGCUGCGCUACCGUACGCCGCACUUCCGCGCCAGCGCGCGCGUCCUCGUGCCCCCGGUGGCCGCCAAGGAGACGUGGACAGUGGGCUGGAUCCAGGCGUGCAACCACAUGGAGUUUUACAACCGAUACGGAACCGAGGGCAUGUCCAGCUGGGAGCUUCCGGAUCUCCGUGAUGGUAAAAUCAAAGCCAUCAGUGACUCAGAUGGCGUGAACUACCCCUGGUACGGCAACACCACGGAGACCUGGACCAUCGUGGGUCCGACCAAGACAGACACCAAAUUCAGCGUCAGCAUGAACGACAAUUUUUACCCGAGCGUGACGUGGGGUGUCCCGGUGAGCGAGAGAAACGUGCCCAUGCUGAGCAACAUCUGGAGGGACCAGAGCUUCACCACGUGGCUGGUGGCCAUCAAUCAGGCGUCAGGAGAGACGAUGGUGCUGCAGACGGUGCGCUGGCGCAUGCGGCUGCACAUCGAGGUGGAUCCGGACAAACCGCUGGGGAAACGAGCCAAGCUUCUGGAACCCGUCGCUCAGGAACAGCCGCAACUGCUGGGCAAAAACGAUCCGAUUCCGGUCAACGCCAUGGUCAAACCCAACGCCAACGAUGCACAAGUCCUCAUGUGGAGGCCCAGGACUGGAAAACCAGUGGUGGUCAUCCCUUCUAAAUAUUGAGUACAUUUUUUGUUCGUUUUCUUUUUUGUACUGGAAAUGAAACUUGAGAUUAAUUUUCGCUCCAGUGGAAACACGGCGAGGAGCCGAGCGACGUUUCUUAUUACAGAACGGGUCGGGAUCACUGUGCUAAACACCAUCGUUGCAAAAAAACAAAACAAAAAAAAGAAGUGUGUUUUUUUUCAGUGUGUUUUGCACUGGAAUAUACCAUUUGUAUUUAUUUAUGGGGGGUGUGUGUCUGGCUUCAGUGAAAGUGCAGGACUUCGUGUUAAGGAAUGAUGCUUUCUGAAUUUUAUACAACGUAAGACAUUGAAUCCAUGCUGCCUUAAGUUUACAUCGCUUUCUACUGCAAAAAACAAAACUUUCAGCCUUAACCAAACAAACCCGCGCCGCAGUAAAGCCUCAUCGGUCCACGUCACAUGGUCAGUGGUGCACUCUGAAGGACUCUGUUCCUUUUAUUUUAUUACUUAUAAAAUAUUUUUGCUUUUUAAAGCACACCGGGUUUAUACAGAUGCGUGUCGUGUUUCCAGGCUAGGAAUAACUCCUGGUGUGAUUUAUUCUCUGUAGACUGAAAGGAAACUUUAUCAGAGUGAAUUAGAGAAACAGUCCAGAAUCUGCUGGAUGUCCUUCAAGAGCAGCGACUCGUCCGGCGAGUCGUAACGAGAGCCGCGUUCUGCUUCGGAUCAGAACCACAACGUCACUUUCAACACCACACGGUGAAACAAAGGAAAAUGACAUCACACACACACACACACACACACACACACACUCAGUGUCCACUCUGUUUUCCCCUGCUGUUGACCGUGUAGUUUAUUUACUUGGGAAUAAGAAUAAGCUGUUUUUCUUCCGUCUAACAAACCUCUCAGAAAUGGAAGAGAAAAACAUUUCAUUGGGGAAUAAAAGACGCCGUCGCGUUCAAUCUUGCGGAUUUUUUUUCACACUCUCUCCCCAAAUUUCUACUACAGAUGUUAAACCGUGACCCCGUACCAGUCUUUUUCCCUUCUUUUCCUCUUUUUUCCCCUCAAACCAGUUCCUCUUUAACGCAAGCCCUCUCCGAUACACAGACGUCUGAUCGAUACGCUCAUUAAAAAUUGACCACGCGCGCUGACAGAAAGAAAACUGCCCUCAGUUAAACAAGCUGAAGGACAUAAUGAUGCACACGCAAGAAAGAAGGAAUAAAACACAUGGGGUUGCACCGUUACAGGGAAAUAAUCAAGCAGAGAGAGAGAGGUGGAGGACAGAGAGAGAGAGGCAGAGGGCAGAGAGAGAGAUGGAGGAGAGAGAGAGAGAGAGACGGAGGAGAAAGAGAGAGAGAGAGAUGGAGGAGAGAGAGAGAGAGAGAGAGAGACGGAGGAGAAAGAGAGAGACGGAGGAGAGAGAGACGGAGGAGAGAGAGACGGAGGAGAGAGAGACAGUGGAGAGAGAGACAGGAGAGGAAGAGAGAGAGAAAGACAGAAGAGAGAGAAUAAGAGAUGGAGGGGAGAGAGAGAGAGACAGAGGAGAGAGAGACAGGGUUUUUUUUAGGGGGUUUUAUCCUAAGGCUUCUGAAGUUUAGAUGAAUUUCCACGCCCACUCUGUCACUGUUACACUGACGAAACUCAACACUCAGAAAAUUCCCUGGUGUUUAUUUAUUGUCACAUCAUUCAUUCAUCAUCGUUUCUAUAGCAACAGCUGGUUUACUGGGACGUGUGGGCAGAUUUAAAGAAAGGAGACACCAGUUUAAGGAAAGGAGACACCAGUUUAAGGAAAGGAGACACCAGUUUAAAGAAAGGAGACACCAGUUUAAAGAAAGGAGACACCAGUUUAAGGAAAGGAGACACCAGUUUAAAGAAAGGAGACACCAGUUUAAGGAAAGGAGACACCAGUUUAAAGAAAGGAGACACCAGUUUAAAGAAAGGAGACACCAGUUUAAGGAAAGGAGACACCAGUUUAAGGAAAGGAGACACCAGUUUAAAGAAAGGAGACACCAGUUUAAGGAAAGGAGACACCAGUUUAAGGAAAGGAGACACCAGUUUAAAGAAAGGAGACACCAGUUUAAGGAAAGGAGACACCAGUUUAAAGAAAGGAGACACCAGUUUAAGGAAAGGAGACACCAGUUUAAGGAAAGGAGACACCAGUUUAAAGAAAAGAGACACCAGUUUAAGGAAAGGAGACACCAGUUUAAAGAAAAGAGACACCAGUUUAAGGAAAGGAGACGAGAGGACGAGUGAAGCAGGCAGCUGUAACUAUAACAGUAAAUGGAUAAUAAUUAUGACAUAUCUCCUUUAUUAAAAGAGGAAUAAAACAUUAUGACGUGAAUGCUCAUGGAUUAUUUUCCUAUAACAGCACAUCCCCCCGUGUGUUUAUUCCUGACUCACGUGUGGAUUCACACAACUGAUACAGGAGGAGGACGAAGAGCCGACCAUAUGCAGCUCACACAGUUAUUCUGAUGAAACUAGAGCAGAGAGAGAGAGACUGAGAGAGAGGGAGAGAGAGAGAGGGAGAGAGGGAGAGGAAGAGAGAGAGAGACAGAGAGAGGGAGAGGGAGAGGAAAAGAGAGAGAGAGAGAGAGGGAGAGGAAGAGAGAGAGAGACAGAGAGAGGGAGAGGGAGAGGAAAAGAGAGAGAGAGAGAGAGAGAGAGAGGGAGAGGGAGAGGAAAAGAGAGAGAGAGAGAGAGAGGAAGAGAGAGAGAGGGAGAGGAAGAGAGAGAGACAGAGAGAAAGGGAGAGGAAGAGAGAGAGACUCGAGCAGCAUUUUAAUUCCAGCAGUGUGAAUUGAGGUGAUGUUCACGCUGCAGAGGAAACACUUGUUCUUCAUCCUGAACCUAAAUGAUAAAGCGAGCAUCACACUGAACAUCUCUCUCUCUCUCUUUUUCUCUCUCUCUAAUUAUUACAUGUGGGAUUGAUUACAGAUAUAAUAUUUUAAUGUUUAGUAUCUUGUGAUGAAAACAGCAGCAUCUCCGUGUGAAAGCUGCUUCCUUUCUCUCACAGAUGAAAUCCCACGGCUUCCCAACAUCAUCUUUAUGUAGAAGGUUCUUUUUUUCUCUCCAUUAGUUAAAACUUGUGAUACACACACACACACACACACACACACACCCACACACACACAAUUAAUUCAUUUAUAAAUAACACUCUGCCAGGAGGCUGAGACACCAGCUGCAAAUUUUCACUUGGCAAAGUGAAAAGCUCUUAAAUAUCAUCUGAUAGUUUCAGUAUUUCUCUGUUAGAACAUUACAAUAGAGCAAAAUAAAAGAUCAGCCUCUCCCUCGUCCCCUGUCCCCUGUCCCCUGUCCCUCGUCCCCAAUGCUGGAAGAUCUUUUCUUUUUUUCCCUCAUUUUAAGUAUUGAUUUCUAGCGAGAAGCAAACUGUUAGAGACGGAAAACUGAAAACUUUUUGUUGUUGGAUCUAAAAGCAGCUGAAAACUCUCGUGUUUAAAAUCUCCUCGUGAGAAACAUUCGCCUGUGUUAACGAUAUUUUAUAACGACUUCGCGUUGUGUAUUAAUCAAUACAGAGCUACUAAUACAUAAUAUAUUAUUGAAUAUUUUCAGCCCCGUUCCUGUCAAUCACCGAAACACUGGAAAAUCUUUAACAUAGAUAAAUAUAAAAUAUAUCUAAAAAUUUCAUUAUUAUAAAGUAUAUUAUUAGUUUAAAAGGAUAUACUUCACAGUGUUAAUAAUGGCUCUCAGAGAUCAUUUUUCUUCCAUUUCUGAACAUAUAAUUUAAAAGAAAAGUUUAUUUAAUAAACAGUAUAAAACACAAAACCUGAAAAAUCCUGAAGAGGUGAAACAGAGUGGGAUUUUUACCAUUGGAUCUCAACUACUUCCUUUCUGACAGAUAAAACAGCACAGAUUUUCUGUUUAAAGCUUCUUUCUCUUCUCGUGUGUGUGUGUGUGUGUGUGUGUGUGAGAGAGAGAGAGAGAGAGAGAGAGAGAGAAAGAGAGAUGUAUUCAGUGACACUGGACUGAUGAAGAGCUGCUCAGCAGUUUACACAGCUGAUUAUAUUCUGAUCAUUUUUAUUUGUUUUUAAAGUUUAAAAAAUUGGAAAAAAUUAUAACAUUAUUUUGCACCUGAAGGUCAUUAUUUUCUUUUUUUUAAAGCAGCUUCUGCCACCAAACAAUACUUGAAUGCAGACGGCGUUACUGACAAAUUAGUCAAACUGAUGAAGCACAAUGUGAAAAAUUUGUACUGAAAUAAAAUAAAAAACAAAA